GCUCCUGCAUCAACCCGGAGCCAAUCUGUAAUUCUGUGCAUACAUGCAUCUGUGCAAGUAUUUUGUAGUUAUGUAUCUUGUCGUAGUCGGCCAUCUCUGUUUCCAAUACAAGUAGCCCAAACGCAUCGACAAUCUCUAAUCUAUACGUACAGAUACACGCAACCCACAACCAUACCCAUCUGCACUUCCUAAACUCUAAAUUCAUAUCUAUUUACACACAAACAAUAUAUACACAUAUACAUAAUACGAAUAGAUACACAAAGAAUGGCGUUGGAUAUGGAGGGGAUGAUGAAGGAGCUUCGAGGGACCUAUGCGAGUGGGAAACCGAAGAGUUACGAAUGGAGAGUAUCCCAGUUGAGGGCCCUGUUGAAAAUAGCCGAUCACCAUGAGAAAGAGAUAGCUGAAGCUCUUCGUUGUGACCUUAAUAAACCCGAUCACGAAUCAUUCGUAUACGAGAUUGCUUCAAUGAAAUCAUCAUGCCAGCUUGCAUUGAAGCAAUUAAAAGGAUGGAUGAAACCAGAAAAGGUGAAAACCUCGUUAACCACGUUCCCCUCAUCGGGGGAAAUAGUUUCGGAACCAUUGGGUGUUACAUUGGUCAUAUCGGCUUGGAACUUUCCUUUCUUAUUGUCUCUUGAUCCAGUCAUUGGAGCUAUUGCUGCUGGUAAUGCUGUAGUUUUGAAACCUUCGGAAAUUGCCCCCGCCACAUCCGCGGCGCUUUCAAAACUUUUAGGGGAAUAUAUGGAUACCUCUGCAGUAAAAGUUGUCGAGGGUGCCGUACCUGAAACAACUGCAUUACUGGAGCAAAAGUGGGAUAAAAUAUUUUAUACAGGAAAUGGCAAGGUAGGACGCAUAGUGUUGACUGCCGCAGCAAAGCAUCUUACACCUGUAGUUUUGGAGCUUGGUGGCAAAUCUCCUGUAGUUGUUGACAAAAACAUCAACUUAAAAGUUGCAGCAAGACGGAUUAUUGGAGGCAAAUGGGGCUGCAAUAAUGGACAAGCUUGUGUUUCUCCCGAUUAUUUGAUAACGACAAAAGAUAAUGCUUCUCAGUUGGUAGAUGCUCUGAAAUCUGAACUGGAGGCAUUCUAUGGAAAGGAUCCUCUAAAAUCGGAAGACCUGUCGCGCAUAGUGAAUUCCAACCACUUUAACCGCUUAAAAAAUUUAUUGGAUGACGAGAAGGUAUCUGGGAAGAUAGUUCAUGGAGGCCAAAGGGAUAAAACCAAUCUAAAAAUUGCUCCCACUAUUAUGUUGGACGUCCCAGGUGAUUCUCUGGCCAUGAAUGAGGAGAUAUUUGGUCCUUUACUUCCUAUCUUGACGGUCUACAAAGUUGAAGACAGUAUUGAUCUGAUUAACGCUAGAGAGAAGCCACUUGCUGCAUAUUUAUUUACGAACGACAAAAGGCUUAAGGAGCAGUUCAUUAGAAACGUCUCGGCAGGGGGUUUGGUCGUCAACGACACCAUUCUUCAUCUUGCCGAGCAUUCUCUGCCAUUUGGAGGAGUCGGGGAAAGUGGAAUGGGAGCCUACCACGGGAAAUUCUCAUUCGAUGCUUUCAGCCAUAAGAAGGCAGUGUUACAGCGUAGUUUUGCCGGGGAUAUUCCUGCAAGAUACCCACCAUAUUCACCUGGAAAGCUGAAAUUUCUGAAGGCAUUGUUAAAUGGUGAUGUAGUUGGCCUUAUUCGGGCUUUGAUUGGUUGGUAACAUCCAAAUUUUUUCGCCAAUCUGUGUACAUUAGGAAAAAUGCUCGACUUGAUGUUGAUUGAUCAUAUGGAAAUAUCGUUCUUCCGAAUUCUCAUAUAUUUGUGUUGUGAUCUUUUGUCCCAACGAUCAAAAUAUUCGAUAUAGAUGUUUGAUAAAAUAUUCAGUACCAUAUUUGCUCCUGUAUAAUCUUUCAUUUAGCUUUUUCAAGUAUAAGUUAAUUUUCCAA